UAUAUUUAGCUAUUCACCAGUCAUCAUCCGACGUAGCCAUGGGUCGCCUCACUCAAGAACAAAAACAUUUCUACAAGGAGAAUGGUUACAUAAUUCUAAAGAACGUUUUGUGCGAAGCAGAUUUGGCUGCUAUCACGGAAGAAUAUGACAAGCUGUUCGCCAGGAAGAACCAGGAGAAGAUGGAGAGCUCUUGGGUGGGCACUGACGCGGACGACAGGAAGAACUCGUCCGAGUUUACGGUUAAAGGCAUCCACAACCUGCAGUACCAUCACGCGGUGUUCAGUUCGUUCCUCUUCAACAAGAACCUUCUCGACGCGCUGGAGGACGUAAUGGAGACUAAGAACAUUAUUCUGCAUCACACCAAGGCUCACUAUAAACCUCCGGAAAAGGGAGCCGCGUAUCCCAUGCAUCAGGACUACCACUACUUCCCCUAUGAGAAGGACUCCAUGGUGGCGGCCUUCCUGCAUCUGGACGCCGCGGGUCCUGAAAACGGAGGCCUGUUCGUGUACCCCGGCUCCCAUAAACUAGGUCCCCAACAUGACGUGGGCGCUAUUGAGUCAAACUUCCAUUACGUUGAUCAGGCAGAAUUCUCCCUAGACAAGGCCACUCCAGUGAUCGCGGGCCGUGGUGACGUCGUGGUGUUCUCGUACCUGCUGGUGCACGGCAGCCCCGCCAACACGUCCAGCCGGCCGCGCCGCAUGCUGCUGCUGCAGGCGGCCUCCGCGGACGACACGCCGCUGGGCGAGCAGCCCCUCAGGCCCGGCCAGGGCUGGCUGCUCAGAGGCGUCAAUGUCAACAGGGAUGCAAGCAUUUCUAAGAGAUUCGAAGGUCAUUAAACCAUUGCUAUGGUUUAAUGACCUUUUACGUGCUCGUAAUGACCGUUUCGUGACUUAAAAAAUCAUUCACCCCCAUAUCAAAUAAAGUUAUAGUAAUAUACUUUUA